AUGCCUUUGAAGAACAUGAGCUAUUUCUUCAUGACAUUUCAGCCAACAUCGAGCGACUCCACCCCCAGUCGGUUAAUCACGCCCCGAGACCAAACUCUUGACGCCUUUCGAAAGGCAGUAUCACGAGACUGCUUCAUCUGCUCAAAGUUAUGGAAUUUGAAGUCGACAAAGAAUAUUAUAAGGGCCAACUCCACCAGAUCAGAACUUACGAUUCAGGUUGAUCCCUUCAUCUGGUAUGGUCGCCCACUCGUCAAUGCCCAAAUUCAGCCCUCGACGUUAGAUACACAGCACCAGCUAACAUUAUUGAUAGAGAGCGAAUACUCGGAACUCUUCUCGUUCGACAACAUUGACGAAAGUACUGGCUCCUCAGAGACUCUAGACUUAGCUCAUUCUUGGUUUCAGGCGUGUCUCCAAGGUCAUGAUCAGUGCAAGCGCCUACCGACCUUGGCCGUCAACUGGCUGCCAACUCGCCUUGUCGACAUAGGUUCCGAGGGAGAGACAAACUGGAGACUUGUUAUUACAUCAGAAGACUCAGAACUGAAGCACUGUCAACCGCCCCCUCAGUAUAUGACCUUGAGCUACCGAUGGGGCACUGAAGCUCAAAAGGUGCUUUUGUCAUCGCACAACUUGGAAUUGCUGCGUCAUGGGAGUCUCAUUGUGCAAUUACCACAAACAUUUCAGGACUUGGUUAUAGUCGCACAUCGUCUCGACAUUCGGUAUGUCUGGGUAGACUGUCUAUGCAUCAUACAAGACUCGCGGAGUGAUUGGGAAAAGGAAGCGCUUACGAUGAGAGAUGUAUACACCAAUGCAUCUUGCAACAUUGCAGCGUCUGCUUCGAGCAGCCCUGCUGGUGGGCUAUUCCGAUCUCGUGUCGCAAAGGACAUCCGGCCGGGCAUUGUAAUGUCAAAGCUUGCUUCCCAAGAACCCAGGGAAUUUUACAUGUUUGAUAAAGGGUAUUGGGACCGCCACCUUUUGCAAGGUGCUCUGCACACUAGAGGAUGGGUGUUCCAGGAACGGUUUUUAUCACCGCGACAAGUCUACUUCACAAGAAGCCAAAUCAUGUGGGAAUGCUUGGAGGAACACAAAUGCGAGGGGUUUCCACGAGGAGUUCCACUCCAUAAAUCCUCGAAGAGUAUCAGACGCCUCCUUUCAUCGCGAGAAAACGACAAUGAGGCCAAAGUUGAAGGCCUCAUGACCUUUGAUGCGUUGGGGCUUUGGACUGAUAUUGUCGCCACCUACUCUAAUUGCCAAUUCAGCUUCAAAGAGGAUAAGCUUUACGCACUAGGAGGCAUUGCCAAGGUCUUUCAGAAAGUUACAGGCGACACGUAUCUAGCCGGCUUGUGGCGCUCACGUCUUCUCCAUCAGCUAGAUUGGUAUACACUAAUGCCACAGCCGAGGAUCACGAGCAGAUAUAGAGCUCCAUCUUGGUCAUGGGUAUCUGUUGAUGGGCCAGUACAGCCAUCACACCCUGCUAAAGGAUAUAACUUCCUGGCAGAGGUGAUGGACGCAAAUGUUACAGCGACGAGCGAGGGAGGUGACUUGGUCAAUGUGAUUGGUGGUAGCAUAACACUGCGAGCGAAGGUCCCCAAAGAUAAGGCCUUACCUCCAUUUACGACAUGGCCUCACCUUGAUGCAAUUGAUGACAAUCUGAAAAGGAGCGGUCGCACAUCACUACUUCCCUUAAGAAAUCAGGAAGUCAAAUGGCAGGAUCUUGAAAGGAACCGGUCUGGUAAUACAAGCGACGUUACUUGCCUCCUCCUGAAUAAAGUUGACGGUUCCAGAAACACUUCCUGGAGCCAUCUUGGUAUUACCUGUGUCGCUGUCUUCGAGAAAAAAUCCAUGAAUACAAAGCAGAGCCAGCCCAUGCCACAUUUUUACAAAUUAUAUCUGAAGCAACAAGAUGGCAUAAUAUCUAGUAUGAAACCAUCCUACAACAUGCUCUCAGUCGUUAGCCGUUUUCUCCACAACUCGGUGUCCGUAAGCCAGAUGUUCUCGCCUGAUGGCAUCCAAUACACUAUUUUGUUCCCAUGCAAGAGGUCGAAAGGCCAUUAUAGAUGUACCGCUGCCGUCUCUGAGCACAUUGCAUAG